AUGCAGAAGAAGCCGACGAUGAUGUUCUUCCCUGGGAGGAAGAGAGUGGUCUUCCGCAAGGGGCCAAGGGGAUUCCUCGUCUGUGACCCAACCCCAGAAGCCCAGCGCAUUAAGGACAACCCUGCACUGAAAGACCAGUCAGCGCCACUGAGGGAGGACCUGGUCCGCCAAAAUGCCCUGGCUGAGGUCCGACGGCGAGGAGGGGAUGCCUCAGACCGUUUGGAGGUGCAGGGGGACUACGUCCUGCAGUUUGGGAAGUACAAGGGCCAGGUGUUCCGAUGGCUGUUGGAGAACGAUGUGGGCUACAUAUUGUACCUCUUCGACAGCCUGACCAAGGAGGAGGAAGCCGGGAUUCAUGGCGGGGAGGGCCAUGGCAAGGUCAACUUGCACACCUUCCUGAGGUACGCUCGGAGCUACCAGGAGAUCGAGGCGCGCCUGGCAUACGAAGCUGCCCAACCCCAAGCUGCCCAACCCCAAGCUGCUGAUGCUGCCCCGCUUUCUGACCACGACCGACUGGUAGGCUUUGGGAAGAGACCAAAGUCCACCUGGGGAGAGGUAUGGGAGAGCAGGGCAGAUGGCUACGCCAGCUUCAUCUUGAGCCAGCAUUGCACCAAAGGGACCAAGAUGGACAAGCUCCAGCAGUACUUGCGGAGGAGGCAGCAAGAGACUGCCACCGCCCCAGUAAUGGAUGAGGACGAGGACCUGGAGAGGGCAAUGUUGACCAUCUCACCGUCCAAGUGCAGCGCCAGAAGCAGGACCUGCAUCAGCGCCGUCUGUACCAGUGGAGUCAUCAAAGACAGGUUUUAA